CUUUUUCCUGACCUAACAUUGUAUAUUACAGUGGACUGCGAGUCAGACAGCGAAUGCAACAACGCAGCCACAUGCUACAACGGCCAAUGCGUGAAUCCUUGCAUCCUGGAGAACAAGUGCGCCAUCAAUGCAGAAUGUUACGGCCAAAACCACAGAGCCGUUUGUCGCUGCGGCGCGGGCUAUCUCGGCAACCCAGAAGUGCAUUGCGAGAGAGUCGAGUGCAGCACCGACUUCGACUGCCCUCGAAAUUUGGCCUGCAGCAGCGGACGCUGCAUCAAUCCAUGCAUCGAGGAUUCUCCGUGUGCACAGAACGCCAUUUGCUACGUGCAGGAUCAUGUGCCAACCUGUCGAUGCCCCGAGAACAUCCCGGCUGGAAAUCCAUACUCCUAUUGCGAACAUCGCUCGACAACGGCGCUUGAUGAACCAGAGUGCAGAACCGACAUAGAAUGUGCUGAUAAACUGGUGUGCAUCAAGAACAGGUGCAUCGAUCCGUGCCCGGUGAUCAGACCGUGUGCGGAGAACGCAAGGUGCAAUGUUCUUGAUACGCUUCCGGUGAGGACCAUGACUUGUACUUGUCCGGAAGGAUGGACCACCGAUAUUGACGAAGUCUGCAGACCAAUUCAAAUAACAGUCAUCGGUAGCUGCACAACGAACGACGAGUGCAGCGACAAGGAAGCCUGCAUCAACCGACAGUGCAGAAACCCCUGCAACUGUGGUACCAACGCCGCCUGCUACGUCAGAAACCACAAGCCGAUCUGUUCCUGCGAGGAAGGCUACCAAGGCAACCCCGACAUCGCCUGCUACUCCGUGGAGUGCAGACGCGACAGCGAGUGCUCUUUGGACAAAAGCUGCGUGAACAACAACUGCGUGAAUCCUUGCCUGGUGUCUGACAGUUGCGGCGUGAACGCCGAGUGCUACCCGAACAACCACAAGGCCGACUGUCGCUGCCGCAAGGGCUACCACGGAAACGCCCUGGAUCGUUGCAGAGUGAUAGGCUGCUACAGUAACGGAGACUGUCCGGGCGAUCACUCGUGCAUCAACAUGCAGUGCAUCAACCCGUGCGUCCACAACAAUCCUUGUUCGCCACGAGCCGAGUGCAGGGUCUUCAACCACCUGCCCAUUUGCCGUUGCCCGGCUCACCACACGGGCAAUCCUUACGUGAACUGUAAACCCGAAGAGAGACCAGAGUGCAAGGAGGACGGUGAUUGUCCAGACUCGCUAGCCUGCUUCAACAACAAGUGCCAGAAUCCGUGCACCGUGGUCCAACCCUGUAGUGAACCAUCGGAGUGCAGGGUGCUACCUACGUAUCCUGUUCGCACUAUGGUCUGCGUGUGCCCCAGUGGCUACGUGAGCAGUGGCAGCGGACUCUGCCGGGCUACGAAACCGAUUCUCGAGGUAGAAUGCACUAAAGACAGCGACUGUCCGUUGGACAAGUCUUGCGUGAAUGCUGUGUGCAAGAACCCUUGCGCUUGCGGACCGAACGCGGAGUGCAGUGUCGCGAAUCACAAACCCAUCUGUUCCUGUACUUUGGGCUACGAUGGAAACCCUGACGUGGUGUGCACGAAAGUGGCUGGUUGCCGCACGGAUGGAGACUGCAGUGGGUCGCAUGCCUGUGUACAGCACAACUGCGUCCCAGUGUGUUCGCCAACGUUGACCACCUGCGGAAAGGGCGCGGAAUGCCAUGGUAUCAAUCACAAGGCCAUCUGCGAGUGUCCACCUGGAUAUGGAGGCAAUCCGAGGGCCGCCUGCGUCCUCCUUGGUUGCAGAACCAACUCGGAUUGUCCUACCAAUAAGGCUUGCGUCAACAACCGAUGCGAGAAUCCUUGCGCCGUGAACCCUUGCACUGGAAACAUGGACUGCAACGUGUACAACCACGUGGUCGAAUGCGCUUGUCCUCCUGGCUACAUCGGCGAUGGCAAAGUGGGAUGUACCAAACUAACAGAGAAAUGCAAGGCAGACAACGAGUGUCCAUCUCAAACAGCAUGCUUCAACGGCGAGUGUAUCAAUCCUUGCGUGAAAAUCGAGCCUUGCGGAGUGAACGCAGACUGCAAGGUGUUGGACACGACACCUGUUAGGACCAUGAUUUGCGAGUGUAUCCCUGGUUACAGAGGAAAUGCGGUCAUCCGCUGCGACAAAACGAACGUGUGUCCAGUAGACAAGGGUCAACUCCUCGACGAAUACGGCAACUGCAUCUGUCCACCUGGAACAGCUAAGGACGAAACCGAAGUGUGCAUACCUUGCCAGAAACAGACUGGAAUGAUCAUCAACAACGAAGGGUACUGCGUCUGUGCUUUGGAGAACGGCAUGAUCAUCGACGAAUAUGGUCGCUGUGUGUGCCCGACUCAGCAUGGAUACAGACUAGACGCCAAUGGAUAUUGUAAAUUAGUUGACAUAAUAGAAUGCAAAAACGACGACGAUUGCGCCGACAACAGAUUCUGUGAUAAGACCACUCAAACUUGCGAGGACCCUUGUAUGACCCAACUCUGUGGCCUGUAUGCACUCUGCAAUGCCACGCAUCAUCAGGCUAUAUGCAUAUGCAUCAAUGGUUACAUUGGAAACGCUUAUACUCAAUGCUACGACAAGAACCGGUGGCGUACGGACUUCCCGAGACCAGAAAUGGUAGUCAGCUGCUUGUCCGAUGGAGUGCAAGUCGAAAUACAUCUCCACGAUCAGGAAUUCGACGGUGUACUGUAUGUUAAAGGUCACAGCAAGGACGAACAGUGCAGACGAGUUGUUUCCAUCCCGGCAGAAACUAUGCACAAGACCGAGAUAUUCAAGGUGGCAUUCGGAAACUGUGGCUUAAUACACGUGAACGGACAAGCUAGCUUCGUACUAGUCAUACAAAAGCACCCGAAACUGAUGACAUACAAGACCCAAGCUUAUCACAUCAAAUGUAUAUACCAAACUGGAGAACAAAAUGUUACUCUCGGUUUUAAUGUCUCCAUGUUAACAACCGCUGGAACUAUUGCUAAUACUGGUCCACCGCCAGUCUGUCAGAUGAGGAUUGUCACUCAGAGCGGAAACGAAAUCAACUCGGCGGAAAUUGGAGACAACCUAAUGUUGCAAGUCGAAGUUCAGCCGUCAACUAUUUAUGGUGGAUUUGCCCGAAACUGCGUGGCCAAAACGAUGGAAGACAACUUGGAAAACGAAUACAUUGUGACAGACGAGAACGGUUGCGCGACAGAUCCAACGAUAUUCGGUGAAUGGGAACAGAACCCUGAAACGCAGACAUUAAUGGCCAGCUUCAACGCCUUCAAGUUCCCGAGCAGCGACAACAUCCGAUUCCAGUGCAAUAUUCGCGUGUGCUUCGGACGUUGUCAACCUGUUAAUUGUCGAGGAUACAAUGCGUUCGGUCGUCGCCGACGAGACGUUGGUCCUGAAGCAAACGACACCUCUUUGAGCAUCACGGACAACUACGAAGGGCAACUUCGAGAAGAAAUAACGAUUCAGUCGAAUCUGAUUUUCACUCUGGAGAGGAAAGAAGAGAGGUUCACAGCAGAUCCAACUGAAAUUGCUUCGGCUCAAAGAGUGGAAGACAUUUGUGUAUCUAUGGUCGGCUUUGUGAUAGCACUAGUAAUUACAGCACUGCUGGCACUAGUCGCUGUAGCUAUUGCUGUAUCCUGCUGGCUAAUGGCGUAUCGUCGCCAGCCAAAGACUGCUGGACCACUGCCACACCCACCAGAGUUCCCAAAUCCAUUGUUCACUACCGAGUCCGUAGCUGAACCAUCUCCUGACUAUCAUCUAUCAUAAGUUCUCUAGGAUAAUUAUUUUAUAACGUAAUUUUAUAAUUCUCGAUGGAAUGCAGUACAGACCACUUUUAUUCCUGCUGGUCGGUCUUGUAUUUCUGUAAACAACUCCUCCAGUGACUAGUCUCCCGUACUUUCUUCUCUCGAGGGUUCGCAAUCUGCAACGAUGAACGAUAUACUCUGUACUCUGAAUUUCAAUCUACAUAGAUAUACGUAUAGAUAUAUUUACUAUUUAUGGUGAUGGUUUGCUUCCAUUAUCUACGUACAUGAGAAAUCUUGUCUUCCUACGUAAGUACCUUACCCUCCCCUUCACUCUUUCAGUCACUGGAGGAUUUGUUCAGCGUAACACUGCGAUUUUAAUUUCCGUGUAAAGUCGAACGAAUUAGUCUAAUAUAGCUUUCUUACUUCGAUAGUAGGUAACUGUACAUUUUAUCUAAUAAAACGCUAAUGUAAUAUUUUUA